UCUGCACGCGCCUACAUAGCGCCCGCUUAUCCGACACGCGUGAUAUCCGUUCACUAACAAAACUUUGAUAAUAGUGAUAAGAAUGUGUCCGUGGAUAGCGUAGCCAUCUACUGUGGACCUUUGAGCUAUCAGGCCAGUGUUAAGCGCAUGCUUGCUGAGGCCACAUGUACGAUGGGAGCGAGGAAUCUUAAAGUUUUACAAGUGAUUACGGGAUGGCAAGCCGUCGAGCUGUUGUUGUCAUGUGUGUUUCUCGGGAUCUGGCAGAUUGUGGAGAUCCUGGUGAAGAGGCUGUGGAGGGUGCACAGGAGGAAGGUGAAGGUUCAACCUGUUGAGCUCACAGUCGACUCCUCCAUAGGAACUCAUUGUUAUAUCAAAGUUAUGGGUGUCAAAUACCACUAUGUGGAGACAGGCCCAAGGUCUGGUCAACAAGUCAUAAUUCUCAAAGAUGCACCAGAUUCUGGCAACCUCUGGGGUCCAAACUGGUCGAAUGUGGUUCGGCGGCUGGCUGAGACGGACCAUCACGUCGUGACCCUCGACUUGAGAGGGACAGGGGGCAGUGAGGGGGGGCCGAGGAGUGAGCUGUCUCCCCCGAGGGCUGUGGAGGAGCUGUCCGCGUUGCUGGAGGCUCUCGGAGUGUCUGAACACAGACCUGCCAUCGUUAUAGGUUUUGGGAUUGGAGGGAUGCUUGCAUGGUAUCUCGUCCAUUCUCGCGGGAUUCUAAUCAGCAAAUUUGCAAUAAUUGGCGCUCCACAUCCGAAUCUUUACUGGCAGUACCCACCAGCUGCUUUUUGUCAUAGAGCCCUGCAUUUUAUACAGUGGCCCCACUUCCCUGAGCGGUGGCUGGCUGAGGGUGAGCUGAAGGAUCGCGAAGGUCGCUGGGCCAGCUCCAGAGCCUGCGACUGGUCUGGUGCACUUAAUUAUGUACGAGGGGCAGCAUGGUGGCAAGUAAGGCCGGGUCUCCGCACGUCCGCGCCGGCGCUGCUGGUGGGCAACAAGGCGAGCGCCACGCAGCUGGUGGCCAGCGCGCAGUACUGCAGCGCCUCCACACUCAGGAUGGUGGCCGAGCUGGACCCCAACUGCAAGGGACUAGCUGAUGUGCUGCUUGAUUUCCUUAUAGUCAAAGACAAAUUAGUGGAAGAGGUUCCUAGAGGCCUGAUGGGCCGCAUGUUGGGCGCCGUGGCCGAUAGAGGGCGCGAGCUGACCGCGCGGCUAGUGCUGCCACCUACACAGGCGUGAAUAGUGCUGUAACUGUGCGAAAUAAACACUUUGUGUUGUGGAUUGAAUGCUUAAAUGAGGAUGAAUAGUGUGAGAAGUGCUAAAGGGAAUUUUAAGUGGUUUUAAAUUUUAGCCGUCAUAUCUUAAAUUCUAUUCCUCUUCUUCUGGAGGUUUAGAGGUUCAAUCACACCCUCAUGCUAUUAGUGAGUUGAUAAGUAUAUCUAAAUUAUUAGAUAUAACAUUGUCUCUUAACUAAAUUCUAAAGUCACCCUAAAUAAUCCCAAGUUAUUAGGAACUAUUGUUAGGGUUAAGUAUACUAUGUGAAAAUUAUGUAAAAAUUCCCCGAAGAAUUUAAAAAGGAAUGCUUACAAGCAAAGUUCCUAUUGUGUGUUUACUUAUGUUCUGCUCAAAUUAUUAUUAAGGUUUAUUUUAAUAAAGCAUGCCAAAUUCAGUGCCAUAGGAAUAAGGAAUUUUGGAACCAUUUCGAUCAUAAUAACGACACCCAACGAGGUACUUAUCCUUUCAGCAAAACCCACUGUUAGGGUGGAAAGGUGUAGAUCGCAACAAUUAUGUCACUGGCAACUGCGGCUGUUAAAAAAAGUAUUAAAUUAUUUUUUCCGAGGUUUUUUUUUUGCAGUAACUAUCGAAUGCCUAAAACAAUUUCGAUAAAAGGUUUUUAGUAACGAGGCGUUCUAUUUCAUUAUAUCGUUAUUAUGACCAAAAUCGUUCGUAAUUUACGGCAUGCCUAUUAAGUUAAAUACAUUUUUACAGAUGACAUUUUAUUAUUUGUUGCCAAUUUGUAAAUAUUUUUUUUACUACUUAUUUUGUACUAUUCCGAAUUUUUACUCUUUACUAAGUUAAACGUUUCUAUAAGGUGUAAUAGUAAAUCAUUAUAGAAUAUUGUCGAAAGUCAGUGAAUAAUAAUUCCUUUUUUGUAAUAUUAUUUUUAUGAUGAAACAUUUCUAAUUUAUUUUACUUUGUAUAAUAAAUAGUUAAAAGCAUGAUAUACCAAAGACCGUCUCAAUGUCAAAUUUAAUGUUAUUACAAUUAAUAUUAUUGGUUUUUAAUAAUUUUCAAUUUUAAUACAUAUUAUUUUUUGUA